AUGCUUUUUUUGUUUCUCUUUUUCAUUUCUUUUUCAUUUCUCAGUUUUCGUUCUUUCAUCUUUCUAUUUUUUCUUUCUUUGUUACUUAUUUCUCACACAUUUGUUUCUCUUUCUCAUUUCUUUGUUUUAUUCCUAUUUUCUUAUAUUUUUCUUUCCUUCAUUUCUUACUAUUUCUGCUUUGUUCAUUUCUUUGUUUUUCUCUUCUUCAUUUUCUCAUUUGGUUUCUCUCUUUUUACUUCAUUUUCUCUUUCUCUUUUCACUUUCUUAAUCUUUACUGUCUCUCUCUUCCAUAUUUUAUUCUGCUUCUCUCUCUCUCUCUCUCUCUCUCUCUCUCUCUCUCUUUCUCCUUCAUUUCUUUAUCUGUAUCGUCAUCACUUAAUAAUUAAAAUAUCUCUUUCUCAUGAAAUUUCACUCUUUUUCAAUUCUUUCACCCACUCUCACUUCUAUACUUUCUCUUUAUUUUUGUUCUCUCUCUUUCUCUUUUCUUUAUUUUUAUUUCCUUCACUUUCUCAAAAAAUCUCUCAUCCAGUUUUUAUUUUUCUUUUUUUCUCUUUAUUUUUCUUUCUCUUUUAUUUCUCUUUUCUCUUUUUCUUUUUUUUUUAUUUCUCUUCACUUUCUCCUCAAAAAAUUUUUUUCUCUUCUCAUCCAGUUUUUAUUUUUCACUUUUUUCUCCCCUUCUCAUUUCUCUUCUUUCUCUUUAUUUCUCUGUCUGUUCCUCUCUUUUUCACUUUUUUCUCCCCUUCUCAUUUCUCUUCUUUCUCUUUAUUUCUCUGUCUGUUCCUCUCUUUUUCACUUUUUCCCCUUUUUUCUCCUCUCUUUAUUUCUCUGUUUUCCUCUACAUUUUUUCUCUUUCAUUUCACUUUCCUUUAUUUCUUUUCCUCUCUGCUUCUCUCAUUACUCUUUUAUUACUCUGUUUUUUUCCUCUAUGUUCCUCUCUGCCAAUUCAUUCUCUCCCUAAGCGAUGAUCACCUUCUUCCCCCAUCACUGUUCAACCUGAUCAACACACCUGUCUGA